CGUAAACCUCGUCUUCGGACCUUGUGUGGUUGUAAUUUGUUAAAUGUUCUAUUCAGCUAAAUAAAUUCACUUAAGUACCUACCUCCUACCUAUCCUAGGUAUAAAGGUACCUACCCAAAGCUAGAGUUCAGGAAGCAGCGAUUGCCCAUCUUCCCACCGAAUCAGGAGAUGUGACUUCCUCGCUUCUGCCUUGUCUAAUGCUCCUUCCAGAGUCAGCUACAAGCAGUUGUUACACAUGGCACUGACAAGGGGCGUCGCAACCUAGAAUUAUUAAGUAGCAACGCGCGCACCUUCUAUCUCUAUUUGAACUCCUUCCAGAAGAAGGUCUUCUCCAUUUUCUACCUCUCUCAGGUUCUUAUCUUCAACCUUGAUUACAGUCAUCAUUCUUGUGUCGCAGCGCGUCGCAAUAAUUAAUGGCGGGCGACGACUCUCCCAGUCCUUCUGCUGCCUACGAUGGCAGCGGGGACCUUCACGAUAAGAAUCCUUCGUUCGUUGGUGACCCUUACAGCGAGGAUAAUGGCGAUCAUGGCGCCGAUACCGAGUUAAAACGCUCUUUGAGCACGCGUCACUUGACGAUGAUAGCACUUGGUUCCAGUAUUGGUAUGGGCUUAUGGCUUGGUAGUGGUACCUCUUUGGCCGACGGUGGUCCAGCCGGUAUCUUUAUUGGCUACUGUCUCGCCGGCUCUAUGAUCUGGUGUGUCAGUCAUUCCAUCGGCGAGAUGGCGUGUGUGUAUCCUUUACCAUCCGCCUUCGUGCAGUGGACCGGAAAGUUCGUCGAUCCAGCAGCUGCUUUUGCCCUCGGUUGGUCGUAUUGGUUCAGUUACUGCAUCACGAUCGCAAACGAGUUGGCAUCAGCAAAUACUGUCAUCACGUAUUGGACAACCCGCGUGCCGAUUGCAGGAUGGAUCAGCAUAUGGCUGGUUAUCAUCAUCCUGAUCAAUAUCGGUGCCGUUACCCUCUUCGGUGAAAUCGAAGUCGUCGCUAGUACGAUUAAAUUUGGCUGGAUCUUUGUUGUUAUUAUCUCCAUGAUCGUCAUGUCAGCCGGAGGAGCAGGUUACGACGCAGUGGGUUUCCGGUACUGGAACGAGAUCCCAUUUACGCACGGAUUUAGAGGCUUCCUCUCCGUGAUGCCCACUUGUAUUUUUGCCAUGUCUGGAUCUGAGAACUCGGGCUUGGUUGCUGCCGAGACGGCCAACCCGAAGAAGUCCAUACCUCGCGCUGUCGGAUCUAUAUGGCUCCGCCUUGCGCUUUUCUACUUGGUUGGAUCGCUCAUGAUUACUAUCAAUGUUGAUCCUAGAAACGAUCGCCUUUUCGGUUCUGCUUCCAGCGGUACUGGUUCUUCGCCAUUCGUCAUUGCCUAUAGCGACGCAGGUAUCCCUGUCCUAGCUCACAUGAUGAACGCGGUUAUCCUCAUAUCGGUCGUCUCGACUGGAUCUAUCUCAGGUUACGGCGGUUCUCGUACGACCAUGGGUUUGGCAUACCUCAACAUGGCGCCCAAAGUCUUUACAAAGGCCGACAGGACAGGACGCCCUUGGUGGGGUCUAGUCCCUACGUUCGUUCUUGGUGGUGGGCUUGCCUAUCUCAAUGUCAGUGAAUCCGGCGCCGAUGUCUUCAAGUGGUUUUCGAAUCUCACCUCUCUCUUCACUCUAUUCGGUUGGGGCAUGAUUUGUCUCUCACACAUACGUUUUCGCCUCGCUUGGGCAAGACAGGGCCGUACAGCUGACGAACUUCCCUGGAAGUCUUGGAUCUACCCCGUUGGUCCCUGGUGGGGUUUGAUCAUGUGCAUCCUCCUGAUCAUAGUCCAGUUCUACCUCGCCGUUUGGCCCCUUAGAGACGAGCAGGGUGCUACAACCUUCUUUGCAAAUUAUAUCUCGGUCAUUGUCAUCGUUGCACUAUGGCUUGGUGCCAGAGCCUAUUACCGCGGAAGGUGGUGGGUCAACCUCGACCACAUCGUGCUCGAUGAAGGGCGAAGGUUUUACAAAAAUGACGUUGAGAAAGCGAAGCCAACCGGUGUGAAAGGAUAUGCGAAAAGAGCUGUUGGUGCUGUUUUUAGCUAGACAGUUGGUUAUCACCAUGCCUGUUAUAUUGAGUGUUGGGUACACAUCGUAAGUUCACGAGAAGUGUAUUGGAAAUAGUCAUUGUUAUAUGACUGGGUACUUCAAAGUCCUAAGUUAUAUGUACUAAUGCAUUUCUAUGUGUACGAGACGCCUUGAACUAAUACUAAUUGCCUUAAGCCACGAUAGUCGCCAUUAAUAAUUGAGAAAUGUGAUGAUCAAACAUGCAGGAUUACCACAACUCUAGUUCAGGG